CUUUCCCGUAGAUUUCACUGCUUGGAAUUGCCUGAGCGUUUCCAUGAGCGAGGGAGAGGAAGCGGGCGGCGAGCAUGGAGGCCUCAACACACCCCGCCGCUUCUUUCUGACUCACAACUCGGGAAAAUUACUUGAGUGUACCUUGCGGGAGGCGACGACGGAGGAGGAGUAGGAGAAGGAGGAAGACGAGGAAGGAGAGGAGGAAGAGGAGGAGACGAGACACACAGCGGUGGAGUUCUUUGGUUGGAUCAAUAUUUAGCGAGGCCCGGCUGGUGGUAGUGGUGGUGGUGGAGUGAGGGAACCCAACCCCAGGUCCCCCAGCCCAGCCACCUCCCAGGCAGCGAGUCCAGACCUCAGUGUAGUCUGAUCCGUAGAAGUGAGAGGAACGCUCCUGCCGCUCCCGUAGUGCCUCGCCUCAACGCCCUUAGAGGCUCUGACCGCAUUGCACUGUGGUGUCUUGUGUUCCCCGUGAGUCUGUGAUGCGCAGUGACGUCCCAGCAGGUUCACGAAGGCAAGGCGGCCCCCAAGCGAUGGUCUGAAGAUUCCUGAGUCUCCCCUGGUGUUUUGAAAGUAGGGGCCCGUGAGGACCACCGUGUGCCAGGCAUCAUGAGUGCCAUCCCACUGCUGCUACAGUGUCCUCAGACCCCCACGUCACAGUCGCCCAUCCACCCACCCUUGCCGCGCCGCUCCUCACACCCUUCCAAACUCAACAACCGCAACUCCUUCCCACCGGACCAGAGUCAAGAGUCCCGCUGGGCCACCCUCCUCACCAGGGCCACCCCGGCUCGCCCGUACGGCGCCUGUAACCCGGCACCCGCGCCUGACGCCGCUCCUGCCGCUGCCCCCGCCCCCGCCCCCGCCAAGUCCCAGUCUCUCUUUGGCCAGCAGGUGGCGCCCGCCCCCACCCACCAAGCUACCACAGCCCUGAGGCCCUCCCCCACCGGCACCCAGCCCCCUUCCACCACUCACCAGUCCCGCCCCUUCCCUUCCCGCCCCCUGGUGCCCACUGUGUCCUUCAACAGGGCGCUCACUUCCCCCACAGCCAUCAAACUCUUCAAUCCGUCUCGCCGCCUCAACAAGACCCAGUCACAACUCAUCAUGCCGCGCAUGAAGUCACUCUUCAGGACGGGCCAAGGCUCCCGCAAGGAGAAGAAAGCCUCCCGCCAAGGGUCGCUGAGGAGCCUUGCCAACUAUGACGAGGCCACCUCCCCUGAGCCUCUCAUCCGGAAGUCCCACACGGUGUUGGCACUGUCCUCCACCACGGGCACCGCGCCUCAAACCAAGCUGGUCAAGGAGCCCAAGACCAGCAAAUUCAACAUCCUGAGACGCAUGACGUCCUCCAAGUCUGCGGUGUUCAAUACCACCAAGCUAACCAUCCCCAAGUCGCCCUCCGCCAUGUCUGACCUGCGGCGGAUUCGGAAGGAUCCCAGUAUGCAGUUCACGCAGCCGGAGCACGACGGUGAGGGCGGCGUGUGUUCCCGCUGCACCUCCACGGCUUCCUUCACCUCUAGGAGCUACGCGGCGGGCAUGGCGCAGGACACGGUGUUCUGCAAGCUGUGCCUGUCUGACGUGCCCAUCGGGGAAAUGUAUCAGCUGCAGCAAUGCAUGUGCCGAUUCUGCAAAUAUUGCAUGGCCGUGUACGCUACGCUCAAGAUCCGUGAGGGAGACUACACGAUCAAGUGCCCGGACGCCAACUGUGACUGCAGCGGCGAACUGACCCUGGAGGAGAUGGAGACCCUGGUGGCCAGCAAACUGUAUCAGCUACACCUCAAGUUCCGCAAAAACACAGAGGUGGUUCUGGACCCCGUGAGGGUAUGGUGCCCCACGGCUGGCUGCGAGACUGUGGUCAACCUACCCAUGUCCAAGUUGGAGGGUCCCCAGUGCACCACCUGCCCCACCUGCACCACAGUGUUCUGCGCCGCCUGCUGCGAGCCAUGGCACCCCAGCCAGGCCUGCCACGCGGACACUGCAGAAGCUCUGGUGAGUGGGGCAGUGCCCAUUGACGACACCAUAAAGCGGUGCCCGUCGUGUAAGGUCCUCAUUGAGCGCGACGCAGGCUGUGCCCAGAUGUUGUGCAAGCGGUGCAAGCACGUGUUCUGCUGGUACUGCUUAACCUCCCUCGAUGACGACUUUCUGUUGCGCCACUACGACAAGGGGCCAUGCAAGAACAAGCUGGGCCACAGCCGAGCGUCCGUCUUGUGGCACCGCGCCCAGGUCAUCGGCAUCUUCGCAGGGUUCGGUCUGUUGCUGGUGGUGGCCUCCCCUCUCCUUUUGUUCGUGGGGCCCUGCUUACUGUGCUGCAAGUGUAAGCCAUGCUCCAGGCACAAGAUUGAGGAGGACAGUUUAUACGGCAUCUGAGAGGAGGCCGAAAGUAGCAGCAGCAGCAGCAGCAGCAGCAGUGGUAGCAGUGUAUGAAACCAAAGAUGAAGGCUAGGAGGAGGCCAGUGAGCGGCGAGGUGUGGGUGAUGACACGCCUCCCCUGAGGAACGCCGGUGCGGAACAUUGCUUGAAGGGGAAGUGUUUGCCGUCUUUCAGUGUCUCAAGAAUAAUCAAAUGCAUGGAAGUUACUCGUAUACACGCCAUUUAUUGUACAGCGCCGGUCAUAAGUGAGUUCACGGAUUUCUUCAAGGUACAUAAAAGAAAACAAAUGAAGAAUGAGCAGCAAACCAGCUAGUCUUCAUGACACUAUCUGAUAUCAAACAAGAGAUGUAGGAUUGAAAAAUAUGUUCGAAACAGAAUUAAAGUGAAUCAAAUAAAAAAGAAACAUUGAAAGUUUUUUGAGAUCCAUGACUUAACUUUUGGCGGGAAUUGUACACAAGAGCAUCUAUAUACAGAAAAAAAGAGCCAAAAAUAUCACACCACGGCUCUGCUUCUCUUAGCUUGUACUCUUAUGAUGAUGCUCACUUGUCUCCAUGUGCCAUGUGAUGCCCUUGGACGGUGCAAGGGUCACGCUGGUCACGCUGCAAGAAGGCGUGAUCCGUGCCCUUGGUGACUCACGGAGCACCACCACCAGUAACCUCACCAGUAUAGAGAACCUGAAGUCAUUUUGUUACUAGUGUUCACCUCACCGACAUGAAACAAACACGUCAUGACCGCUGUGCAAGUGUCGUGCGAGUGAGAGCGGUGAGUAAAGCAGUGAAGCCUCGAAGCUGCGACUGUGAAGCUUCGAGCAGCGUUCAGACGGGUUACUCACUACUACACGAGAUGCUUCAGUGAGGAGGGAAUGUGGGAUCUUUCUGUGAUCCUGCCAGGGAUAUCUGCCUCACAUCCUUCACUAUAAUGGGUAGAAGGGGCAGACAGUCACCCCGACCCCCCCAUCACCUCCCAUCACCCCAUCACCCCACCGCAGCCUCCCGGAGAGCCGAACCAAGCAAGAAAUCUCGCGCAAACUUUUUCAUUUCUCGGCAUGUCAGCUUCUGUACAUGGGCUUCUGUGUAUGUAUGAUAUGGUAUACAUACACAUGCACCUGUUUUCUUUUUUUGUUGUUGUUUUUGUUCUAGGCAUAUUUCGCUCUUAUUCCAAACAUACUCAUGUAUUGUAUGAUUUCGUCCCGUUUCAUGUUCAUUUCAUGUGAGGAAUGAUAGAUAAAGAUGUUCACAAUGACUGAUGAUGUUGAUGAUUUAAAACAAAAAUGGUGGCAGCGAUAGGACAGAAAUAAAAAUGGAAAGGAUCGAAGAAAAAAGCUGUAAAAAAAAUAUGAUUCCCCCCACCAUUACUACCACACCUAUCACUGCUGCAAACACUUUAUCUCCCCUUUUUAUCAUUUCCCUUGUAAGUAUUCUUUAACGAUACGUAUAUUAUGAUGCACAAUAUAGUGAAAAGUAACUGUGAUGCUUUGUAGCCUAAAAAAUAACGCCACUUUCUGGGUAUUCACACACAGACUGUACGUAAGUGUAGACCAUGUAUUUAGUGUGCACUUCGCUGCCUUGUGUGUGUGUGUGUGUGUGUGUGUGUGUGUGUGUGUGUGUGUGUGUGUGUGUGUUUGUGUGGCAAGGGAGUGUUAGUGAUAAAAGGGAGGUUCAAAGAGAAAGAGAAAAUAUCAGUCUGUAUAGACAAGAAAAAACGUGAAUAUUAGAAAGGAAAAAAUGUGUAAGAAAGAAAGAUUUGAGUGAAAUGAAGAAGGAAGAGAGAAAGACCUGGCGUGUAUGAACCAAAGACCCGUGUGUGUGUGUGUGUGUGUGUGUGUGUGUGUGUGUGUGUGUGUGUGACUAUAAACUCUGUAGAUAUG